CUUUCCAUCGUCAAGAAGAGUGGGAAGAAGGGCAAACUUGUCAAGAAAGGAUUCUAUUUUCAAAUUGAAAAUCAAACUGGGUUCACAGAUAAACGACGCCGAGUAUCAGGCUAGGGUUUCGACCCAUGGGCGACGGUUGAAUUCCGGCACACGGCUAAGGACGGCGGCGUUGGUUCAAAGGCGAUGUGUGGACUCAGAGAGGACGCCAUGGGAGUGAGAAAGGGGAGUCCUCUUCUUCACUGCUUUUUACACAGGGACGUGCUCAGGGGAGGCAGCUUUAGUAGCUUCAAAGUCUUUAAAGAGUUACAAAUCGUCGCGGAUUGAAGAUUCUAAUUUGCAACAAAGUAAAUGUACCCAUGAAAUGUACCAUUAAUUACUCAACGAGUGUGAUACUAGUUGUCUGAAACUACUCGAAAGUUUUAAUCUUUGAAGCUUCUUUCAAAUGGUUAUUUUCUUUCCGCGCACCCGGUGCUCGACGAAUUGUCUGAACGAAUCACUUAACAGACUGCUAUCAACUACAUCUACUAAUAUUAAUAUCUCUCGAGCCCCUGCGACGAAUUUCAUAAAUGAACGGUGGAGCAAUGAUUACAUUAUCUCUUUGUGCAAACGCAAGCAAUUUAGAAGAGCUCUCGAGGCGUUCGAGCAAUUACAGAGGACUACAAGUUUCCACGUAUAUCCCAGCACCUAUACUAAUUUGUUAUCGGCCUGCUCAUCGUUACAGUCAUUAGAAUCUGCAAGAAAGCUAUACAACAAUGUCUUAAUGUCUGGUUAUAAGCCAGAUGUGAUAUUUCAUAACCAUGUUCUUAAUAUGUUUGGAAAGUGUGGAUCAAUGAGGGAAGCUAGGAGGGUAUUUGAUCAAAUGGUGGACCGAAAUGUGGUUUCUUGGACUUCAAUCAUUGCCGGGUACUCCCAAAAUCACCAGGAAAUGGAAGCAAUAGGAUUGUAUUUCUGGAUGCGAGAGUUGGGAAUCAUGCCUGAUCCGUUCACUUUUGGGAGCUUAUUAAAAGCUUGCUCUAGCUUGGGUAAGCUGGAGUUAGCAGAGCAGUUGCACGGCCAGGUCAUCAAGUCAGCACAUGGGUCCCAUCUUAUCCCUCAGAAUGCAUUGGUAGCAAUGUAUACAAAGUUUCGUAAGAUUUGCGAGGCAGUGAAUGUGUUUUCUCAUAUCAAGUCAAAGGACCUAAUCUCGUGGAGUUCAAUAAUUGCCGGGUUUUCGCAACUUGGGUAUGAGUUGGACGCUCUGUAUCACUUUAAGGAGAUGUAUGGUUUGGGCAUUUACCACUUGAACGAAUUUAUUUUCGGCAGUGUUUUCAGUGCAUGCAGUGGUCUUGUGCAGCCCGAAUACGGGAGACAAGUCCAUGGUAUCUGUGUAAAAUGUGGGCUUGGAAAAGAUAUUUAUGCCGGUUGUUCUCUUGCUGACAUGUAUGCAAGAUGUGGCCUGUUAGAAUCUGCAAAAACUGCAUUCUACCAGAUAGAAAACCCUGAUUUAGUGUCUUGGAAUGCAAUUAUUACUGGUUUUUCUUCUAACGGCGAUUCUAAUGAAGCAUUAAUUUUAUUUUCACAGAUGAGGCAUGCUGAUUUGGCUCCAGAUGAUCUCACGAUGCGCUCUCUCUUGUGUUCCUUUAUUAGUCCCUUCACGCUGUCUCAGGGAAAGCAGGUACAUUGCUUUAUAAUCAAGACCGGGUUUGAUUCAGACAUUCCAGUAUGUAAUACAUUGAUUUCAAUGUAUUCAAACUGUUCAGAUCUUUCAAGCGCAGAUAUGAUGUUCAAUGAAAUUAAACACAAUGCAGAUCUAGUUUCAUGGAAUGCCAUUCUCACAGUUUAUAUACAACACAACAAGGCCGAAGAAACUUUGUCCUUGUUUAAGAUGAUGCUUCGUCAAUCUCCUAAUAAUAAGCCAGACCACAUUACUCUAGUCAGUGUGAUCAGUGCUUGUGGGAAGUUGGCAUUUUUAGAAAUGGGAAACCAAACACAUCUCUAUGCUUUGAAAACCGGGCUUGCUCUGGACCCCACAAUCAGUAAUGGGCUAAUCGACAUGUAUGUGAAAUGCGGUUCUUUGGGAAAUGGCAGGAAGCUCUUUGAGGCUUUGGAAAUUGCUGAUGUGUUUUCAUGGAGUAGUUUGAUUGUGGGGUAUGCUCAGUUUGGACAAGGCAAAGAAGCUUUAAAGCUCUUUGGGGAAAUGAAGGAUUUAGGGGUCGAACCAAGCCAGGUGACGUUUGUUGGGGUCUUAACGGCUUGUAGCCAUGUUGGAUUGGUGAAGGAGGGUUGGCAUUUGUUCAAACAAAUGGAAACAGAGCACGGCAUUGUACCCACAAGGGAGCAUUGUUCAUGCGUGGUUGACAUGUUUUCCCGGGCUGGAUGUAUAAACGAAGCAGAAGCUUUUAUAAACCAAAUGCCUUUCGAACCAGACAUUGUGGUAUGGAAAACAAUGUUGUCAGCCUGUAGAACUCACAACAAUCUUGAGGUUGGAAAGAGGGCUGCACAGAAUGUUUUGAAGAUCGACCCGUCCAACUCUGCUGCACAUGUGCUGCUGUGCAACAUAUAUGCCUCCACUGGGAAUUGGAAGGACUUUGCAACAGUGAAAGGUUUGAUGAGACAGAACGGCAUAAAGAAAGUCCCGGGUCGGAGUUGGAUUGAGCUCAAAGAUGGGACACAUGCCUUUUUGGCUGGAGAUCGUCUGCAUCCCGAAAGAGAGAAAAUAUAUGCAAUUCUUGAUGAGCUUUGCUCCCAAAUGUCGGAUGCCGGUUAUGAUCCUCUGAUUCAUGUAAGAGAUUCAGAAGUACUUAACUGUUAAGAUUCACUUGGUGGUGAUUCCAUUCUAAAAGGCCAAUGUGAUUGAAUGAAGCAACACAAUGCUUCAUAGAUUUAUCAUGACUUGACAUGUUUUUAUGUGAAUCAAGGAGAAGAGAUAAAAGGAAAUGAACUAUUCAAGCAAUAAGAAAAAAACAAACCCAAGAAAAUCCCUCGAAAAUCGGGUCUAUAAGGAACAUGAUGCUGGAGGAAAAUAGGGAUCUACAGAGACAGCUUUUGCAGAAACAUGCAAAAGAUCUUGAGGAAACUCAGAAAAGGACAUGUCAUAUAACCUCAUCAAAGAUCUUCCAAUCUAUUACUGUUUAUGGAUCCAACCAAUCUACAAAGAGACUGGAGCUGGUCAGAACGGGCGGGCAGGUGCCCGGAGGAGAAAUAAUUACUGAGAAUUCUAAUAGCAAUUGUCAUUCUUGAUUUUUUCCCCUCAUGAAUACUGUUAUCAAUGAACAUUAAAAAAAAAGAUCCGACCUUUUGUUCUGAACAGAUAGUAUUCAUAGUUAUAUGUUUGCUCUGCAUUUCAUCAGAAAUUUUAAUGGUGCUAAUGUCCAUUUUUUAAAAAUACAUAUUGGUUUGUAAA